CUAGAAUAACUUGCUUCAUUUUAGUAUCACAAUUUACUUACUGGCAGACGCUGGCAAAGUUGUGGAAACCUGAUACGUACUUCAGCAACUUGAAGGACGGCGAGAUCCAUACGGUGUCCAUGCCUAACGUUCUGUAUAGAAUAUACAAGACUGGCGACGUUCUGUACAGCAUGAGAGUAACGCUGAGGCUUUCCUGCCACAUGGAGUUUCGCGAAUAUCCUCUCGACUCCCAGGUGUGCGGAGUCCAUGUCACCUCCUAUGCCAACACGGACGACUUGGUGAAGUACCGGUGGCUGGCCGACAGGCCCAUCGAUCUGCCGGAGGGCCUCGAGAUCGCGCAGUUUGAGCUCCUGGGAUUCUCCGCCAAUGCAACCAGCCACGCUUACGUAACAGAUAACGCUGAGGCUUUCCUGCCACAUGGAGUUUCGCGAAUAUCCUCUCGACUCCCAGGGUGCGGGUCCAAGUCACCUCCUCUCCUCAGAAAAAUGAACGUCAGCACACAGGACUUAACUUCUCUCGGUUUCGGGGGCGUGGCCGCUUCACCACGCUACAUCGGGGUAAUGACACACAGGGUAUCUGGUCCAUACUGA